AUGCAGGUGUUCAACCGCGGUUUGCAUAGAACCUCCAUUUCAAUAUUGAAGGCACGAUUAGUCCGCAAGGCGAUACCAGCAUGGAGCGCAUCCGUAAGGAAAUAUGCGAAACAAACGGGCCAGGAUGAUGCUGAGUCAAAGAAGAAUACGCUUGCAAUCCCUUCCACUGGUCGAUUUAACGAGAUCGGAGUUCAGCAACUGAGCAGUGUCAUUCACCCCCAAGUGUUCAGCAAUAAACCUACGCCCCCCGACCCUAAACUAGUUGCGUUAGCUAGGGACCAUUUAUCUCGACAUGAUUUACUGGGGAAAGCGCAGGAUGGAUCUGGUCCGAUCGCAUUCAACCUCCCAUCCCUACAAGGACAGUCACUAGAUGAGCAUUUCCAUAAACUGGGAAUGGACGCAUCUGAACCCUAUCUAAGCGACGCGAAACAGUAUGCGACAGCUCAUUUACCCCAACAGCCGCGAAAGUGGAUUAGGCAGAGCGGUUGGACCAAAUAUAAUACGGACGGAACAGCCGAAAAGAUCAAUGCGCCGGAUGAGACAAUGUUGACGUUUGAUACUGAAGUUAUGUGGAAGGAACAUCCGUUUGCUGUAAUGGCCUGUGCUGCCGGCCCAACGUCAUGGUAUGCUUGGAUCUCGCCCUGGCUGCUGGGCGAGACUGAAAAUGCCCGGCAAUUAGUUCCCCUGGGCGAUGCAUCGACACCUCGGAUAAUUAUAGGUCAUAAUAUUGGGUACGAUCGAGCUAGAAUAUUGGAGGAAUAUGAUAUCAAGCAGUCACGAAAUUUCUUCAUUGAUACGAUGUCUCUCCAUGUCGCAGUGAACGGGAUGUGUUCACAGCAGCGGCCAACUUGGAUGAAGCAUAAGAAAAACAGGGAUCUUCGUGAUAAACUAGUGCGCGGAACGGAAUCAGCUGAGCUCGCCUCUAUGGUUGAAAAUAAAAUGCUUAGCGAGGAAGAGGAGGAGCUAUGGGUAGGGCGAAGCUCUAUCAACUCUCUCCGUGAUGUUGCCAAAUUCCAUUGCAAUAUUACUAUAGAUAAAGCUCAACGGAACUAUUUUGGUGAACUUGACCGCGCUGGAAUUAAUGAAAGACUAGAUGAGCUUCUUGAUUACUGUGCCGCUGACGUUGCCAUCACUCACCGAGUGUACAAAAAAGUGUUUCCUAACUUCCUAGAAACCUGUCCGCAUCCCGUCAGCUUUGCUGCCUUGAGGCAUCUUUCAUCUGUUAUCCUUCCUGUCAAUGAGACAUGGGAAGAGUACUUGAAGAAUGCCGAAGAGACAUACCACCGCGCAUUGGACAGCGUGCAAAAGAGGCUAGUUGAGCUUUGUGAAGCUGCCCUCAAGGUAAAGGACAAACCGGAAAUAUAUCAAAAUGAUCCUUGGCUUCGACAGCUGGACUGGUCAGGCCAAGAGAUCAGAAUGGUCAAAGGCAAGAAGAAAGGCGACCCACCUCGACCUGCAGCACGCCAAAAACUACCGGGGAUGCCAAAGUGGUACAAGGACCUUUUCCCAACAAGCAAGUCAAAUAUUAAUAUUACGGUGCGGACUCGAGUCUCUCCGAUCCUCUUAAACCUCUCGUGGGAUGGAUUCCCCCUCGUUUGGUCCGAUAAACAUGCAUGGACGUUUGAAGUUCCCAGGAAUGAGAUAAAACGGUAUGAGGAACAAGCAUUUACCUCAUGCGAUAUGUCAGAGGAGACCAACCCUGCUCUGCGCGAAGAUAAGGAACAUGUGUAUUUUAAACUACCGCAUAAAGAUGGACCGGAUGCCCGUUGUGCAAGCCCCCUCUCAAAGGGUUAUCUUCAGUAUUUCGAAAGUGGAAAGCUCUCAUCCCAAUUUCCUUUGGCCAAAGAGGCUUUAGAGAUGAACGCUUCUUGCUCAUAUUGGAUCAGCGCCAGGGAUCGAAUCACGUCACAGAUGGUUGUAUAUAAGAAGGACUUGGAGAAGGCAGAGUCUUCGGGCAAGGGUCUUUCAUCGAAUUCGAAACUAGGUUUUAUUCUCCCACAGGUAAUUCCUAUGGGAACAAUCACACGCAGAGCUGUCGAAAAUACCUGGCUCACCGCGAGCAAUGCUAAACCGAACCGUGUUGGUUCCGAGCUAAAAGCUAUGGUUCGAGCGCCGCCUGGGUAUGUUUUUGUGGGCGCUGAUGUUGAUUCAGAGGAACUUUGGAUCGCUAGUCUAGUUGGUGAUGCACAAUUUCAACUUCACGGUGGGAAUGCCAUUGGUUUUAUGACACUUGAAGGUACAAAAGCGGCGGGUACAGACUUACACUCGAAAACAGCUAAAAUCCUGGGGAUCUCUCGAAACAACGCAAAGGUUUUUAAUUACGGUAGAAUAUACGGCGCUGGUUUGAAGUUUGCUGCCACACUUCUACGGCAAUUCAACCCAAGCAUGUCCGAAGCCGAAACGAAGGCUGUGGCUGCCAAACUAUACAAGGAGACAAAAGGAACUCGAACGACCCGUAGAAUGCUAAGUGAGAACCCAUUUUUACGUGGUGGAACUGAGUCAUUCGUAUUCAACAAGCUUGAAGAGUUUGCAGAGCAGGAAAGGCCGCGAACUCCUGUCCUAGGAGCCGGUAUCACCGAAGCAUUAAUGCGACGAUUUAUCAAUAAGGGCAGCUUCAUGACCUCCAGAAUUAAUUGGGCAAUUCAGUCAUCCGGGGUCGAUUAUCUCCAUUUACUCAUCAUAUCAAUGGACUAUCUCAUCAGGCGCUUCAAUUUGGAUGCCCGUCUUGCUAUUACCGUCCAUGAUGAAAUUCGGUAUGUAGUAAAGGAAACAGACAAGUACAAAGCUGCAAUGGCAUUACAGGUCGCAAAUCUUUGGACCCGAGCCAUGUUUUCACAGCAAAUGGGUAUCGACGAUCUGCCACAAUCAUGUGCGUUCUUUUCGGCAGUAGAUAUUGACCAUGUCUUACGAAAAGAAGUGAACUUAGACUGCGUGACGCCAUCUCAUCCCAACAAAAUCCCGCAUGGGGAAUCACUUGAUAUCCAUGAACUCCUCUCUAAAGGCGACGAGGCAAAGCUUGACACGUCAAUUACCCCUUUGGUACCACCGAUGCCUGAGAAAUAUAACUACACCCCACGAAAACCCGUUAUGGCAUCUUUACAAAAUUCAGGAAGCACAGAUUUUAUCAAAGCACAGAUAACUAGUGAUGAUAAAGAGCUACGUGAAUUAAUAAAAGAGACAAUGAAGAAGAAUUCUUCCUCUACAUCAGGCAGCACGACAAAAACGCCCCCUAAACGGGGAUCAAAAUCACAGGUACCGCCACAUGCAGAGCCGCAAAAGGCUAUUUUAAUGGAUGUUCAGCCAAAUCUCCUUCCAGGAGCCAAAUCACAAAACCUCACCAAGCCCUCGUCCUUUACCAUACAUCGCUUUAGCUGGAAACCACGGUCGCCUGCAUCUGUAUAA